AUGGCUCGCUCUUCCCCCACCCUAGUCACUCACCAAAUGCCCGGGCGCAGGCGCAAGUUCUUCAAGACCGGUCAGAUGCUCGACCGUGCGGCGGUCGGAUACACGCGACACGCGACGUUCGUCCGCGGACAGCUGCGCAAGAAGUUCAAGAGAGAAUUGGUCCGGCUCACCGACGACCCGAAGGUGGAGAUGCGCUGGACGUUGGAGCGGUUCGCCAAGCACAUCUUCGUCAAGCACCGGCUGCGCCUCAUCGGCUGGCCGCACGGUACCAAGUUCGGCAACCUGAGCGAAAACGCGACGAGCUUGAACGAGCUCAUCGGCCUGCACAGGCUGUGGGACCGCGGCGACCUGCGCUUCGAGCGCGUGGGCAUCGAGGAGGCAGAGGCGGCGAGGGCGAACUGUAGGCUUGUGGGGCCGACACCGUUCGUCCUGCCACGCGGCGGAUCACGGGCGGACGAAGGCGAGCGGCGGGACCCGGGUGUGGUGGAGUUCGGGAUGUGGCGCCGGCGGAUGUCGUGCAUGGUGACAAAGUCACAGCGCGAGAUCACUUGGGAGGACGAGGAGGAGGCGGAGCUUGCGGCCGUGGUUGGGACGUCGGUGCUGUAG